UCCUACAGCUUUGACGGGGACGAUUUCGACGAUGUGGAGGAGGAUGAGGGCCUGGAGGACCUGGAGAACGCGGAGGAGGAGGGACAGGAGAACGUGGAAAUCCUUCCCUCGGGAGAGAGGCAGCAGGCGAACCAGAAGCGGAUCACUACCCCCUACAUGACCAAAUAUGAGCGAGCCAGAGUCCUGGGCACUCGCGCCCUUCAGAUAGCGAUGUGUGCCCCUGUGAUGGUGGAGUUGGAAGGAGAGACAGACCCCUUGCUGAUUGCCAUGAAAGAGCUCAAAGCACGCAAGAUCCCCAUAAUCAUCCGUCGUUACCUACCAGAUGGGAGCUAUGAAGACUGGGGUGUGGAUGAGUUAAUUAUCACGGACUGAUCAGCUGCCAGCCAUUGUUUCAGUUCUGUCCGUCUCCAGAGAUGUUUCUAUUUUUGUUUAUGUUUGUGUAAAUAAAUUAUAAA